GCUGACUUGACAGGACAUUGUUCCCAAAGAUUGCCCUAGAAGAGUGAAGAAUGCUGGAUAGGGCUAUUCUCCUUCUCUUCCUCUAUUUUUUCAUGUGUUCCCUCUCGUCUCCUCUCUACCCAACGCUCCGGUACAGUCCACUACCCAUUUCUGGCAAAGCAGUGAGCUUUCAGCUGCAAGAAAGUGGCCCAGUGCAGAGCCACAAUCUCUCCGUGGAAGAGCAGGAAGAAGAGAACUUCCUGACUAGCCCUGCUGAGAAAAGAAUACAACGUCAUGCAGAUGCCAUAUUCACUGACAGUUACCGGAAAGUCCGGGGCAAACUAUCAGCCCAAAAGUUAUUGCAGGGCAUUGUUGGGAAAAGACUUGGAGAAGACAGGCUAGGAGAUGAAGACCAUGAAUUCUUGACCAGGCGCCAUUCUGACAGCAUCCUUAUGGACAGUCGCUACCACCAACAGAUGGUGCUGAGAAAUUUCUUGGGAGCCAUGUUACAGAAUCAAAGGCCUCAAGAUGUCAACAAUAACCAUCUAGAGGAUUUUGUCAGUGUCCUGGCCAAGCUGAUGGAACUGUAGAUCAGCUUAUUCCCAUCUCAUUCUGGUUAAAGGCAUUCUCAAGUUUUAUGUUAGAAAGAUUCUGACUCCUGAAGCAGUGGGAAGAAAACAAGUAUUUACCUGUGAGUGUUGAUAUUGUCAGGAAUGCCAUUGUCUACCAUACACAGCUGCCAGGAAAAAAAGGGUGUGUUCUCUACAUCUGCUUAGACUGGUGAAUGUAUUGUUUGGGUUCAGUUUGAAAAU